GCUAAACAUACGUGCACACUCAGGCGUAAACUCAGACUAUCAUUUAUCCAACACUGAGAAAACACAGGAUGAUUUUUUGGGUGAUUACCAGUCUGCUGCUGGACGUUGUUGCAGUUGCAGGUGUAGCCCUGGACCCAUGCUCUGCUUACAUCAGCCUGAAUGAACCCUGGAGGAACACAGACUACCACGUCAACCAGUCCUCUGGCGUGCCCCUGUGUGACAGCACCAUGUCUGGAGAAUGGUACCGAUUCACAGGCAUGGCGGGGGACGCCAUGCCCACUUUCUGCGUCUCAGAGAAUCACUGUGGCACCCAUGCUCCCAUCUGGCUCAAUGGCAGCCACCCUCAACCCCACGAGGGCAUCAUCACUCUGCCUGUGUGUGCAAGCUUCAAUGACAACUGCUGCCAGUGGAACGCCACCGUGGAUGUGAAGGCCUGCACUGGAGGAUACUUUGUCUAUCGUCUGCCUAGACCCUCCGUCUGCUUCCAUGUUUACUGUGGACAUUUCUAUGAUAUCUGUGAUGAGGUGGGCUGUGCAAGUCCCAGAUGUCCCGAGUCUGACUGUCGCUGUGCACCUGGAACUGUCCUGGGGCCAGACAGACAAACAUGCCUGGAUGUGAAUGAGUGUGAGAAAGGUAACGGUGGCUGUGCAGAGGUGUGUGUGAACACCAAAGGCUCCAGACGCUGUGAGUGUGGGCCAGGCCGGGUGCUGGACGAGGACGGAAACAACUGCAGAGAGAUAGCAGGCUGUCACGUUAACAAUGGAGGCUGCAGUCAUGGCUGUUCCUCGCUGCUGGACUCCUAUCAGUGCCACUGUCCCAGGGGUCUGGAGCUGGGGGAGGAUAAACGCACAUGCCAGGUGCCUGUUCAGUGUGAUUCCAGCUCUAUUAUCGUGUCAGUUCCUAAGGACCUUGUCGGAGGACUGGAGCUCUCGCUGUCCAACUCGUCAUGUCGAGGUGUCUCCAAUGGCACACAUAUCAACCUCAGCUUCAGCCUCAAGACCUGCGGCACAGUGGUGGAGGUGACAGAUGACAAGAUUGUGGGGACCAACCUAGUGACAGGCCUCCCUCGGAGCAGCCCGGGUAGCAGCAGCGACUUGAUAGUCCGCACCAGCAAGUUAGUGCUCCCAGUCACCUGUGAGUUCCCGAGGGAAUACCAGGUGUCGGAUGGAUACCAGGCCAGUCAGCGCAGCUCAGCACUCGAACUGGCAGGCCACAGUGAGGGAGUCUUUCCCUUCUCACUGGAGCUCUUCAAGAGCGCAGAGUUCUCAGAGCCCUAUCGCACCCCGCCACAGCUCCGCCUGCACGACUCCCUGUUCUUCGGGGUGGAGCCAAAGGAGAGGGUGGAGGGCCUUUCUGCACUGGUGGAGAGCUGCUUCGCCACACCAGGGCCCAAAGCUGACCAGGCCCUCAAGUAUUACCUCAUCAAAGACGGGUGUAUCUCUGAUGAAACAGUGACGCAGUACUCAUCAAAGGACCAGCUCUCUAAGCACUACCAGGUUCCUGUCUUCAAGUUCAUUGGCAAGGACAACAGACAAGUGUUCCUCCACUGCCAGGUGUUAGUAUGCGGGGCAGGGGACUCCCACUGCGCUCAGCAUUGUCGAGGACGUGUCCGUCGAGAGGUUCGGACCACUGAACCUCAGGAGCAGCACACACUGAGCGGAGGCCCAAUCUUCAUCCUGCCUGAGCCAUGAUGCUAACAUAAAGCCGAGAGAGCAUGCUAACAACAGCAGCCAUACGCAUUUGCAGAAUAACAUUAAGGUUAACAUAGAUGAACUCAGUUUAUUUGAGAUUUAAAGGGGAGACACUACAGGUCAGUAGGUGAAAAACAUUUUUAACCAAUAGAUAUCACCAUGAAACGUCCCUUGUUUAUGGCUUUCACUCUGAAUGUUUUAUUUAAAUAUGCAAAUAAGUAAUUAUCUUAUAUAAUGUGUACUAAUUGGUAUAAAAUUCCAGGACACUAAUCUGAACAUUAGAUGAAGCCAUGGCCAAAACUCUUGUUUAAUUUUGUUGAAUAGCCGAAAGGUUUGACUCCAAUAUUCAGAAGCCAUUAAAAAAACUGUUUUUGCCACGUUUUUAGAAAUAAAAUGUUCUAUAAAUCAGGCUAUUGAUGAUAUAUGAACAAACCCCUUUGCAAAAACCUUUAGAAUAUAGAUAGGAAUGAAACCGCAGAAUAUGUAAGUGCUACUGAGGUGGAGGCUUCUGGCUCACAGUGUGUGACAAAACGGCCUUUAAAGAUAUGUAUUGUAAAAUUCCAGACAUUUUGCAAUGAACUACAGGUGAAUAGGGUGAAAAACCUAAGAAAAAAAGAAAAAAACUAAUAGAUAUCACCAUGAAAUAACCAUGAAA